AUAGAGUUUCAAACAAUCCCUUUCCCUUUCACUAUAAGAAUCCCUCAAUCCCACCAUUUUCCGCUUUCAUCAUUCCUCUCUCCAUCACUCCACACUCUCACUUGUUUCUCUCUCUAAAAUCUAAAAUCUAAAUCUCUCCUUUUUUGGAUCUGGAAUAAUUGAGUGCUGAAUUCGGCAACGGGAUGGCCAAUUGAUUGAAACUGGGAUGGGGAAAACCGGUAGGGAUUGGACUCAGAUCUACGCGAUCUACGGCGUCGACGACUGGCAGACGCCGCUCUUCCUCCUCGUGAACGCGGUCGGCUUCGCGGCGCUCUCCGUCGUCUUCCUUCUCUACUUCGAGCCAAUCUGCGUGCUCCUCCAGCACCAGCACUUCUUCCCGGGCCCCGCCGCGGCCAGAUUCGCCGCCGGAUUCACCGGCUCCGUCACGGCGCUCUCCGCCGUGUGCCUCCUCUUCGCCGCCGCGAACUUCCUCUACUCCGCCGUGGGGCUCCACUGGGAGAUGUCGCAGCGCAUCGUCUCCUCCGUCCCGGACUGGUCCUCCGUCCGCCACGCCCUCGACCUCGGCUGCGGCCGCGGCAUCCUCCUCAACGCCGUCGCCCUCCAGCUCAAGAAAUCCGGAUCCUCCGGCCACGUCGUCGGCCUCAGCCCGGCCCGGUCGGAGGCCCGAAGCGGCGCUCUCAUCCCCAACCACACACUCCGGACCGCCGGCCUCGAGGGCGUCCAGGAAUACGUCACUUGCCGGCCCGGAGAUCCGCGGACGCUGCCGUUCAGCGACAGUUACUUCGACGUGGUGGUGUCAGCAGCGUUCGUGCACAAGGUGGGGAAGGAAUUCGGGCAGAAGACGGCGGCAGCAGCGGCGGAGAGGAUGAGGGUGCUGGGGGAGUUGGUGAGGGUGUUGAAGCCAGGUGGAGUGGGAGUGGUUUGGGAUCUAGUGCACGCAGAGGAGUACGUGCAGAGGCUGAGUGAGCUGAAGAUGGACGAGAUAAGGCUGUCGGAGGGGGUCACAGCGUUUAUGGCCACUAGCCACAUCGUCUCCUUCCGUAAGCCACCUCAGCAUUUUGUGGGGUCCGCUGAAGUUAGGCUUGAUUGGAGAUUCAACAACCUCUCUUGAAAAUUGAAAAUUGAAAUCAAAUCAUUUCUCUUUUCAAUUACAUUAAUUACUACUCUACCAUCAUUAUACUACUACUAAUUAGUCCAUAAUUAUAGGUAAUAGAAAUAUAGUCAUCUUCUCAACUUUACAAUUUGGAAACUGUCUGGUGAAACUAAGUCGAACCAGACCACAGAGAAAUUUCCCCUUGCGAAUUGUAAAAUGUUGUUCCUUUUUUAAAAUGAAAUAAAUUGUUACUUUUAA